AUGGUCAAGAUAGAACCACACAAUCUCGACAGUUUCUUCCACUCUUUACAUUCCACACAAAUUCACAUUCCCAUUUUCCAACGAAAAUUCUGUUGGCUUCCGAAAUAUGUAAAAACAUUGUGGAAUAAUAUUUGUGAAAGCACCGCCUUGAAUGGUCAUCACAUUGGAAAGAUCUUUCUUCAGCAACAACAACACAAAAGUACUGGUUCGGUUGGAUCGUCCUCAGCAUUGUCUGCUUCCCUCUACUGUAUUGAUGGACAACAAAGACUUACCACACUCAUGACCGCCAUAUGUGCCAUGAGGGAUGUGAUUCUCGAAGAAGGAAAUAAUGAUCCAUCUAGACAACACCUUUUUAAUGAAAUGAUUGACAAACUUCACAGAAUAUUAUUUGUGAAUAUGGACGAAUGCACACCAAUGAAAAUGGAUCAAUUUCUUGAUACAUUAAUGAUCAUCCACAGAUCUCCACGAUUUCCCUUAAAGAAAAUUGAGCGUUUACAAACAUUUCACAUGAAACAUUUACUUCAACAUGUACGGUUCGUUACAGUUGAAUAUCAACAACAUGAAAUGAAUGCACAGGAACGAUUUAAGGAUCUCUAUCACACUGGAAAAGCAAAUCAAAUAUUGUUUUUCAUCAAAACACCUGGAAUUGAUUUGGCACAAUCAGAUUUAAUCAAAAACCAUGUCUUGUCUCUGUUCAAAACAGAAGAGAAACAAUUUGAAAUGUAUGAAAAGUAUUGGUUACCAAUGGAACGACGUUUUUGUACAUUUGAAAACAUAUCUUUAAAAGAUGGAAAUGUAUUGGCCAACAAGAAUACGACUCUGGCCACAUUGGAAACCUUACAAAGUCGAGAACUGGACAUCUUUAUGGAAUGGUUUGUUUUCCAUGUGAAACACACCAACCACACAGAUGAGAAUGAAAUCACUUUCCACGAAAAACACAAGAAAUUUCAAGAACAAAAAGAACAAUCUCAACAAUUACCUUUACUACACCAAUUAGGAAUGUAUUCCUCUGGAACAGAACCAAGUGUGUUCAAUGAGUUUAUUGCAACAUUAUUUCCAGCUGGAACAAUGAUGACUGUGAGUGAGGGUGGUGGUGUUGACGAGUGGUACGUGGAGACCAUUCUUCAAAGGAUGGUUGGAUCUUUGGAAAGUUUUUUCAGAGUAUGA